AUGGAGUUAUUCGUCAGGGAAAACUCCGGCUUAUAUGCCAAUCGUGCCGUCCCCCUCCUCCGCUUCGGUUUCCGACGAAUUCUUACCGCUUUCCUUCAAGCGCUUUCAGGAAAGCUUUCUUGUGGACAGUUAUGUGGAGCCCCGCGAAGGGAUUGUAAACACACCUGCAUUGCUCCCUGCCACCCAUCAUCAACAUGUCCAGAGCAAAGGUGUGACUUUGCUACCACAAUCUCAUGUUCCUGUGGGAGGAUAACAGCAACUGUGCCUUGUGGUGCUGGAGCUAGCUCUAGCAGCUUCAGCAAUGAUGCUUUGUUUGAAGCCUCUAUUAUACAGAAGCUGCCGGUUCCACUCCAGACCAUAGAUGGUAAUGGAAGGAAGGUACCCAUUGGACAGAGGAAGUUGGUGUGUGAUGCGGAGUGUGAUAAGGCAGCAAGGAAGAGACAACUGGCAGAUGCGUUUGAUGUGACCCAACCAAACCUUGACUCUCUUCAUUUUGGAGAGAGUUCAGGAACGUUAGAUUUGCUUUCUGACCUUAUGAGGAGGGAGCCUAAGUGGGUUAUGGCCGUUGAGGACAGAUUCAAGUUCAUGGUUCUGGGGAAAUCCAAGCCUGGCAAUGGGAGCAACAUGAAGGUUCAUGUCUUCUGUCACAUGGUUAAGGAGAAGAGAGAUGCAGUGCGGUACAUGGCUGAACGAUGGAAGCUCUCAGUCCACGCUGCUGGCUGGGAGCCCAAGCGUUUCAUUGUAGUUCAUGUCACGCCUAAAUCGAAGCCACCUGCACGGAUUCUUGGUUUGAAGCCUGGUGUUCCAGUGAUUGCCCCGGUCUACGAUCCCUUAAUUGAUAUGGAUCCCAGGCUUGUGGUUGCUCUUCUGGACCUACCCAGGGAUGCUGAUAUAAGUGCUCUGGUUCUGAGAUUUGGAGGAGAGUGUGAGUUAGUCUGGUUGAAUGAUAAGAAUGCCUUGUCUGUUUUCAGUGAUCCUGUGAGGGCAGCAACGGCAUUGAGACGCCUAGACCAUGUAUCUGCUUAUCAUGGGGCAGUCACUAUGCAGCAGUGUGGUGGGGUUUCUGCCGCUGUGGUAACUGCUGGGAAUGCUUGGGGAGGAGCUGCACAGGGCAAUGCAUGGAAGAUGGCUGUACCUUCAGUAGCAGAUUCAUGGGGACCUGAUCUGGCUUUUGGGACAGAUGUAGCCAUUCCUGUCUGGAAAAGGAAUGAGGGGAAUCCUAUCUCCACUUCUGCUAACCGGUGGAAUAUGCUUGAUUCUGAUGAUGUAGUGCUGGAGUCUGCAAGUGAUGGAGCGGGGAAUAGCAAGCUCAUGGAAGGUGGUUGCUCCACUGUUGAAUCUUCAGUUAAUAGGGCGAUUGUGGAUGUGGGUGUCGGCCAUGAAGUUGAUGACUGGGAGGAAGUUUGUGAGUGAGAUUGGAUGAAACAACUUGAGAAACUUGAAUGGCUGCCUUCAUUUUCCUUUUAUUGAGCACAUUUUGCUUGAGAUUUUUGUUUGUGCCUGAGAAUUUUAGUAGAUAUGCUGGUUACAUUUUGCAUCAAAAGAAGGUUGAAGAAGAGUGGGUAAAGGAUACUGAACUUUUUUUUAUUUUUUUUUAUUUUUUUAUUUUUAGUAUGAUGUCAAAUUCCAGCAUUGAAGGAUGCAAGGAGAUUUGCAGCUUAUUCACUUCUAUGUUGGGGAGCAUACAAUCAUUAAGAAAUUAGAAGGCUUUAGAUAAAAUCAACAAUCUUUUUGUCGAUGUUUGGAUUACUUUCGGUCUAUUCUUUGAAGCAACAAUUAGUGAUGAGUUCACAUUAUUUUGUUGUAUAAAAUGUUUUCCAAGGUGCGAUGCUGAAGUAAAGUUGCAGCUGUUUUCUU